GAACGGAGGGGCGGGGCGGCGGGCGGAGCGCGGCGGCGGCGGAGGGAGCGGGUGCCAUGGCGGGGCCCCUGCUGCAGGCCUGGGGCCUGGGGGCGGCCCUGCGGAGCCGAGCCGCUCUCCGCCCGCUGGGGCUGCUGGCCCCGCCGUGCCGGGAGCUGGCGGGGACGGGGUCGGGAGAGGCGGCGCUGGAGGAAAAUCCCUUCUACGGGAAGUACCGGCACAAAAUCCAGGAGCUGAGGAGAUCCAGUCCAGAUGUGUUUGAAUCCCGUAUGGAAAAAAGAAAUGAAGUGAAAAAGCAGCCCGUGGGAUAUUCCAAGCAAGGAGAAUUUAUCAAAUGUAUGGAGGAAAAGGCAGAAGGCUUGGGCACGAAGACAUCAAAGGGAGGCUUCACAAAAGAUAAGACGCUUGAUUCGAUUCUUAAUGUUGAGAUGGUGAAAGAAAAAUCAGCGGAGGAGAUUAAACAGAUUUGGAAUCAGUAUUUUUCUGCAAAAGAUACGGUUUAUGCUGUUAUUCCUGCAGAAAAGUUUGAUUUAAUAUGGAAGAGAGCCCAGAAAUGUCCAUCGUUCCUGUAUGCUUUGCCAAGAAAAGAAGGCUAUGAGUUCUUUGUGGGGCAGUGGUCGGGAACAGAAUUGCACUUCACUUCCCUAAUAAACAUUCAGACUCAAGGUGAAACUGCUCCUAGCCAGUUGGUCUUGUACCAUUAUCCUGAGCUGCAGGAGGAAAAAGGAAUAGUACUAAUGACAGCAGAAAUGGACUCAAAGUUCUUGGUGGUCCAUGAAGCACAGUGCUUGGCGAAUCAGGUGCAGCUUUUCUAUGCGACGGAUCGUUCCGAGACCUACGAAUUAGUGGAGACCUUCAACCACAGAUCUAGUGAAUUUAAAUAUAUGUCGGUUAUAGCAGAGCUUGAGCAAAGCGGACUUGGACGAGAACUGAGACCUGCUCAGGUUUCUGACAAGUCGUAGAGCCUGACAAGUCAUAGAGGGUGAAGAGAGCCAGCAGCAGGCAGGGGGUUUCCUAGAUGGAGUGGUCCUGUCUCUUGUUUUAGGAAUUUGGUUUGACUACAGAAAGGAUCUGGAGACAUCCUGGGAGUGUGAUAGUCAAGCCUGUCUGGCACUGAUGCAAGAUGAGGACUUAGGCCAUUUGAACAACAAUAACUAAUUGCCAAAAUGGAGCCCCGUACUUCAGUGCAACUUCAUCAGAAUGAGCAACUUUCCCGUCCUGUAACUCGCUGUUGCAUGUUGUAUUUUAGAAAUCUGAAAUAAAGUGACAGAAGGGGAGCUAUGUAGUGGGCUAUAUUGACAUCAGAAGAGAGGUAACAAUCAAUGUUUCUUCUCAGUAAAGGCAUUUUAAAUGCCCUCUGCCAUUAUAAUUGCAUGGUCCGGUGCUUUUUCAUCGGUGUGGAAUUGAUACAGGCUUGUCCAUCAAGAAAAGAGAAUAGGACCGAUGGGCUGAAACAGACUCCUCUUUGUUACUUUGUGUGUGAGGUUCCUUACACAGAUGUAUACUGUGGCCUGUGUUUUCCUCAAGAUUAAAAAACAGAGUGACUAGA